GCUAUAUAAGAUCCAGUCCUUUCUUUCCCAUAUUCAAAAGCGCCCAUUUUUCUCACUUUUCCUACAGUUAAGCCUUUCGUUAUAUCUUCGAUGACGGAUCCUUCUUCCAUGCAAGUCCCGCUCCCUCACCCGGUGGAGCAGCUGCUCCAGCAAAUCUGCAGGGAGCAGAGCCAGAUGCCCCCCGGCGCCCAGGCGCGCCAGGCGCUUGCUUCCAUUGGCGAAGAAGCGGCUGUCCAGCACCUCCGAGUUAUCUCGGGCACUAUAAUUAGGAAAAGCCUCGACGGAUUCAUCCUUCACAUGGUCCGCAAUACUCCCUGUUCCCCGCCUCAGUGUAUCGCCCCCGCCUCUCCGCUUCGCAGUCCAUCCUCUGUUUCCCGCCCCAUGAUGAGCCCCCCUCAAGGGAGUCUGAGAGGCUCACCCUCUUCAAAUUUAAGUUCAGCGGGUGCUGUUAGGUCCAGGUUACUGGCCUGGGGAGAACUUGAGUUCCGAAAGGCUUUCUUAAUACUAAGUUACAUUGGGGCAAAUCAGCUUGAGGAUAUUGAUAUAUCUGCUGAUGAGAUUAGAAGUCUGAAAGAUUUGGGAAUGGUAGAGUUUGAAGAAAGAGUUUGGAAAGCCUUGGGCCAAAAAUAUGUUGACAGAGAACACAGAAGAAUGACAGUUGAUUGGGAUGCGAAAAAGACACACCUCUACCAUUGUCAUGUUUCUCAGGAUGGGAAAUGCAGUUUCAAGGGCCCUUAUUUACACAAAACCAAAACUCACCUGCAAAGAGUUUUAGGAGAUGAGAACGUUUUAGUUGUCAAGUUUGCUGAAGAGAGGGUGGACAGGAACAAACGGGGUAUCAUUUCCUUUGAUGAUUAUUCUAUAUACAGCAAGAUUGCAAGAGAAGGGAUUCAUGUUGGUACCCGUCGUUUUUGCUUUUUUGUCUUUAAAGACGGAGGCAAAGAAGAAAAGAAGAAAAACCCAACUUCUUCACCUGUGAAGUGUUAUUUUAUUCACAUGGACUCUAAUGCUACUAUUGGUCAAAGCCAUUGUAUAUUAUCUAAUAAAAACGUUUGUGAAGCACGAUCUCAUUUUAUGCAUGCACAUAGAUUGCCUAGUAUGGCCAGUUAUAUGGCUAGGUUUUCUCUUAUCUUGUCCAAGACCAUGAAGCUGGAUGUUGAUUUAGCAUCUGUGAAUAUUGAAGUAAUUGAAGAUGUAGUUUGCAGGGAUAGAGAUGGCAAGAUUGUUUAUGAUAGAGAUGAUAAACAUCGAAUACAUACAGACGGAACUGGCUUCAUCUCUGAUGAUUUAGCUCUGCUUUGCCCUAGUAAUUUAUACAGAGGAGAGCAAAUCAGAGAUGAAAAUAUUGAGAGAAGUCCCAAUCUUGAUGUACUUGCUGGUAAGCUUUUGGCCAUGGAACUGUCAGAAUCUAGUAUCCGAGAACCUCCUUUGCUGAUCCAGUGCCGUCUCUUUAACAACGGUUGUGCUAUUAAGGGAACUCUUUUGGUCAAUAAAAAGCUUCCUCCAAGAACAAUUCAAGUUCGACCUUCCAUGAUUAAAGUUGACAAAGAUCCAAACCUUUCAAAUAUUAGAACAGAGAACUCAUUGGAGAUAGUAGGAACAAGCAAUCAUCCAAAGAGAUCAUUUCUGUCAAGAAAUUUGAUUGCACUUUUAAGCUAUGGAGGGAUCCCAAAAGAAUAUUUCAUGGAUAUACUUAUAAAUGCUUUAAGAGAUGCCCAUGGUGCCUUCUCCAAUAAGCGUGCAGCAUUAAGAGUUUCCAUUAACUAUGGCGAGAUGGAUGAUUUCUGUGUUGCAAGAAUGAUUUUAUCAGGGAUUCCUCUUGAUGAAUCUUAUCUGCAAUAUCACCUCUCUAUACUGAUGAAGGAGGAAAAGAAGAGUCUUGCAAGAGGAAAGCUUCAUGUACCUGAAUGUUACUAUUUAAUGGGCACUGCAGAUCCCACUGGAAUCCUCGAAAGUGAUGAAGUUUGUGUUAUCCUUGAAAAUGGACAAAUAUCCGGGAAGGUAUUGGUGUACAGGAAUCCUGGUUUACACUUUGGAGAUAUUCAUGUUUUAAAGGCUACCUAUGUGAAGGCCUUAGAAUCUCUUAUUGGAAAUGCCAAGUAUGCCAUAUUCUUCCCUUGUAAGGGUCCACGGUCCUUGGCGGACGAAAUGGCACGUGGUGAUUUUGAUGGUGACAUGUAUUGGGUCUCAAGAAACCCCCAGCUAUUGGAAUAUUUCAAAGAGAGUGAGCCUUGGACACCAACUUUGUCAAUGCAACAUGUGUCCAAUCAUGAUGUGGCCACUAAAAAGCCCAGUGAUUUUUCGUCUGAGGAGCUCGAAGAAGAGCUUUUUAAGUUAUUCCUGACCACUAGGUUUCAGCCAAGUUAUGCUAUGAGUGCGGCAGCUGACAGUUGGCUGGCAUUGAUGGAUCGGCUUCUGAUACUUGGAGAUGAAUGUAUUGAAGAAAGAGAUAUUUUGAAGGCAAACAUAAUUCAGUUAAUUGAUAUAUAUUAUGAUGCUUUAGAUGCACCAAAAAAGGGAGGACGAAAGAUUGAAGUUCCAAAAGAAUUGAAGGCAGAAUUGUUUCCACAUUAUAUGGAGAAGGGGAAUUCUUUCACUUCUACAUCUAUUCUGGGUUCAAUUUAUGAUGCAGUUAUGUCAUAUCAAGCAAAAUGUCUGCCGAUGAAAGAUGUUUGGAAACUCCCUUGUUUUGAAGUUGAAAUCCCUGAAGCCUGCUUGGACAAAUGGAAGAAAUGCUACGAUCAAUACAGGAAGGAGAUGACUACUUCCUUGAACCAGGGUAAUGAGGGCAAAAAUGAGGCUGCCGAAGAAGUCAUCAAAAAGUAUAAGAAGAUUUUGUAUGCUGCAGCGGAAUAUGAAGAGACUAAAAGAAGGAUGGAAGAUAUAUUUAACGAGGCACUUGCAAUAUAUCACAUCACUUACGAUUAUGCUAAAAGCAAAGGCUCUGCCAGCUAUUGUGGGUUUGCUUGGAAGGUUGCAGGUCCAGCCCUAGCCAAGUUCCAUGCCAUGAAACAGGAUGAAAAGUCUUUCAUCUGUCUCCCGUCUGUUUUGCGGGAGAUAUUAAAUUAACAGGUUGCAAUGGUGUAUCGAUGUUAUAAAGAAUAUGACGUGUUGUACUGUAAAAUAUGCAUCAUAGUGUUGUAGUACUACUAACCAUCUA